CAAUAUUAAUCUGAGUUACGCAUAUUUCAGAAAGUAUGGCGGGUACAGGUUCAUAUCGAUAUUUCGAUGACGAAGAUGAAGAUGAUCUUGAAGAGUUUUAUUUCUCUGAGUUCUACAUGUCACCUUCUCUUGAUGGGCUAGAGAAGAAUCUUUUACUUGUAUCUGAAGGAAUUGUACCCUCGUUGUACUCUGUACUCUGUACUGGUUCACAGUCAGUUGGUGGAAUGUUCGCUAAAGAAGGGAAUAGGGUUGUUCAGAUCGGGAAAAUCUACAGGGGUCCCGGCUGGACUGCUGUCACCUGUGAAACAGAAUUAAAGAAAGGAGAAUAUCUCAACCUGGCAAAAUUAAUUCUUACUGUCGCAGAUCCAUCUGUCAAUAUCGUCUGCCUAGCAGCCAGACAUAUCAGUGAGUAUAGAGGGGAUGAUAAUGAGGAAGAAAAUAUCGUGAGAGCACUUCAUACAGAUUCAUUUACCUCCUGCCAUAUACCCAGGUUGGAUGUUCCAAACCUUAUUACUGGAUUAUCCGCAGCAAUUCUCUCCAUAGCUGCUGUUAAAGGUUUACCGGCAGCUGUAGUGGUCAACUACGUUCCAGUCCUGGCCCCAGAUUCAUUAUCUCUCGCUGGCUUUAAAACUAUUCACCAGCUGUCAUCGGUCAAACAGGCCGGUCUUACCAAACCAGUAAAUCUGUCAGAUGCGUUGAAAUCAUUAAAACUUUUCGACAAUCCUAGUAAUCUAUAUAUUUGAGCUCAUCCUUACUUCUAUUCAUAUAUCCAGCUAUUUAAGUAUUCAAGUUUCAGA